UAUGAUAUUAUAUGAGACAGGAUUUUGAUUAUGCCAAAAUAAUGCCAGAAAGAAAUGGAUUAAGAUAACCAUCGGAAUUGAUAGAUAUAAUACAACACCAAAAUUAAAAGAUUCAGAAAUAGACAAAGUGACUUUGCUCACCAAAAUGUCAAAACCAUCUUUAAGAUACUGGAAGGAAUAUGAGGAGCUUCUUGUACAUGGGAACAAAUCAGAGUUUGAUCUGGACAGUGAACCUAUGAGUAAAUACAUACAAUAUUUAAUUGAAGCAAUACUUUUCUUUUGGAUCUGUGGAGGUAAUUUGCUUGUCAUUAUGGCUUAUUUGAAACAUUCUCCAUUGAGAACAGUUACAAACUUUUUCAUUGUACAACUUUCAAUUGCUGAUUUUAUAAUUGGAUGUAUGAUGCCACAACAGAUAGCAGUUACACAACUUACAUUGUUUACUAUGAGGGGAUUUUUUGUGAGUGCCCUUUCAAAUGCAUUGAUAUGCACAUCAAUGCUGAUGUCAUUAUCGUUGCUAGUUGCUGUUACUAUAGACAGGUACAUUGCCAUAAUCUGGCCUCUGCAAUACCCCAAAAUCAUGGACUUGAGAAAAGCCAAAACAAUAUCAAUUUCUCUUUGGUGUGGUGUUAUCAUAAUAGUUCUUAUAGCUAUAAUUGAAUGGAAGGUUUUUAUGGACUCUGGAGGGUAUCUGUAUUGCAUUGGAGAGGCUGAAAAUCCCAGGAUCUUACAUUACACCUAUGGCCCUGUUGGUAUCAUGAUAUGUAUGUUCCUAACUGUUGCAUACAUUAGAAUACUCCAUGUGGUAAAACAACAGAGUAGAAGGACAGAGAAUCAUCCAAUUCCAAACAAUAACACCACUGACAAUUUCAAAAUCAAUCUUAGGGUACUUAAAACCGCAAUAAUUGUAAUAGGCUUCUUUUUGAUAUGUUGGUUGCCACUUUUUAUAGUUAUCAUAUUUCAGGUGUAUGGUUUUCAGUUUUACAGUGCACUUCAAAAUGAAGCGCAGGACAAUAUUAGGUUAUUUUGUUUCAUUCUUGCUGUAUUUAAUUCAGGAUUCAAUCCUAUCGUAUAUGCUUUGAGGUUAAAGGAAUUCAAACAUGGCUUUAAAAAGGUUUUAAGAAUCAGGUCCGAAUAAGGACAUUGCCAAAUGAUACACUUAAGCUAAAUGUACAGACUGCAAAGGAGAAAUGGUAGUUGAUAAGGGAACUGCAUCACCACAAAAAAAAGAUUAUUUAAGACAUUUUUACACUAGAAGUAGAAUAAACCAAUGGCAUAGUUAACAGAGAUAA